ACGGGCACAGUGCUGUUCAUGACGCUUGAUCUUCUCACCCCAGAGGGUCAACGAGGCGAAGUUGAACAUUUAUAUGGUCACGAUCUCGAGUCCUUCGUGUGGGUUCUCGUGUGGGUUUGCUUGCGUUGCAGGAAGGGAGUACUCCUACCACCGGAAACUCGCCCUUUCGAUGCAUGG